AUGCUUUCUCGCGAAGAGAUCAAGCAAUGGUGCUCGAGAAUGUUCUUCGUAAGAAGGGACGUCGCUAAGGUAUUGGCCGUACCUCGCAGGGUGUCUCAACAGCUUGAUGAAGAGCGAAGAAAACGUCACGCGAUAAUGACAGAGCUUGAUCGAGAGCAGUCGCAUCGUCAAGCUAUGGAGCUAGAGCUUCGUAACGUCACCACUUUCAUUUCCAACCUUUACCCUUCGCAGUUCUCUGCAACUCAAAGCCAACCCGACUCUGAAACCCAAAGCCCUGAGGAUCCCGUGGAGUAA